ACGGCUGCUCAGUCGCACGAGAAACGCCGCACGGAUUAGGCGUGAGAAGCACACUCGAGAGAGGAGAGGAGACGAUCCGCCACAAUGAUGCUUGCCGAGAUGGGGGCUAUGCCCUGGACGCUAAUGCUGCUUAUCGUUGGCGCCGGCCACACGCUGGCCGCCGAGGAUCGAUUUCCGUUGUCCCUGAUACACAUCAACGAUUUCCAUGCCAGAUUCGAGCCAACGGACACCAGCGGCGGCAUCUGUGAUGAGGGCGAGGAGUGCGUCGGUGGCUAUGCGCGCACCGUGCACAUGGUUCGCAGAUUGCUGGAGGAGCAGCGCGAUCAUAAUCCCAUCUAUAUCAAUGCGGGCGACAGCUUUCAGGGCACGCUCUGGUACAAUAUUGGACGCUGGAAUGUUACCCAGGAGUUUCUCAAUAUGCUGCCCGCCGAUGUCAUGACACUGGGCAACCAUGAGUUCGAUCAUGGCGUCGCUGGCGUCGUGCCCUUCCUGAAGACCAUCAACACCAGCAUGCUGGUGGCCAACAUGGACAGCGCCCACGAGCCCACCAUGGAUGGCCUCUACGAGCGUUCGCUGAUCCUGGAGCGCGGCGGCCGCAAGAUCGGACUGAUCGGUGUCAUUUUGGAGACAACAGACACUCUGGCCAACACGGGCAAGCUGAUCUUCCGCAACGAGAGCGACACCAUCCGCGAGGAGGCACGCCUGCUGCAGGAGCAGGGCGCCAACAUCAUCAUUGUCAUUUCGCACUGCGGCUACGAUGUGGACAAGGUGAUCGCCGCGAAUGCGGGCGAUGUCAUCGAUGUCAUUGUUGGCUCCCAUUCGCACACCUUCCUCUACACGGGCGAUCCGCCCGGGCCGGACAAGUCGCGCGGCGACUAUCCCACCGAGGUGAUCCACAGCAGCGGCCAUCGGGUGCUCAUCGUUCAGGCGGGCUGCUAUGCCAAAUAUGUUGGCAAUCUGACGGUCUAUUUCGAUGACCAUGGCGACGUCCUGGACUUCGAGGGUGCACCCCUCUAUAUGGGGCCGGACGUACCGGAGGACAAUGCCGUGCUCCUGGCCCUGGCACCCUGGCAGGCCCAGCUGGCGGAGUCAUCCAAUCGGAUUGUGGGCAGCAGUCGGGUCCCUUUGCAGCAGGCGGAAUGCGCGCGUGGCGAAUGCAAUUUGGGCAAUCUCUACACGGACGCCAUGCUCCAUGCCUUCGUCAAGGAGGCAUCCGCGCAAGCGUCCAAUUGGAGCAACGUGACAGUUGCCCUAACCAGCCAGGGUAACUUUCGUGUGCCCAUACCGGCGGGCGAUAUAAGCUACAAACAGCUGGUGGCCAUGUGUCCGUGGGAGAACCGUUUGUAUGCUCUGAACUUGCGGGGUGAGCAUCUGUGGCAGCUGCUGGAGGAUGCUGUAGCGCCCAUGAACUCGAGUCUAGUGUCGCCCAUAUCCAAGCGCUUUCUGCAGGUCUCCGGAUUGAGGAUAAUCUAUAAUCUAAUGGCUGAGCCGGGCCAGCGGCUGGUCCGUGUACUUGUGCGCUGUGCCGAUUGCGCGAUACCCGAGUACCGGCCAUUGCAGCUGAGUCAGCAUUAUCGGCUGGUGGUCAUGGAAUAUCUGGCGAAUGGUAAAAACGGUUUCUCGCUGAUUAGCGACCACGCCCAAGAGCUUGAAAUGGGCCCCUUUGAUUUGGAUGCUUUGAUGGACUAUAUGAAUGCGAUUGGACCUAUAACUGCGGGUCUAGAGCAGCGAAUACAAUUUGUAACUUAAACAUAAUGCGCUUAUCCAUUUUUUUCAAAUAAACGUUAACUAAAUAUGCCAAAA